UUACGUGAUCGUCGCGCGGUCCAUGCCACACCCCCAAUCAAAUUUAAGUAUUCAUUUAAUUUAAGUUCGUUACUUUUAUCAAAUUUCAGUAAUAAUGACUGACCCUAAAUCAGCUCAAACUUUAAAUAAUCCCAACGAAUGUGACAUUCCUCACCUCAAUACAUACAAAAAGAGGAGAUCCAGUCAUAAAGGCAAGGUCACGGUUUUUAAAAAUUAUCUCGAGUCAUUAACAUCCAAAAAGCCAUUGUCUGAUUUAGAUAUUAUUCAAUUACGCAAUCGACUAGAGUCCUACAAGUAUCUCGCAAACGAGUUCGAUAAAAAUCAAACCCUCAUCGACGACAUUACUGGGGUUUCAGAUGAACAGCUGAGGGAGCGGGAGCAAUUUGAAAUGGAUUAUCAAUCUCAACUUGCACUCGGCAUCCAUCUGCUGCGAGAAAAUGAAACUGCUGGCGUCGACGGGUCUGUACCAACUCCAAGUGAGGGUAACACAACCAAAGCAUUUAUUAAAUUACCCACCAUUGACCUUCCACACUUCUCAGGAGAUUAUCACAAUUGGCUCGAAUACAGGGACACUUUUGAAUCACUGAUACACAACAACAAAUCAAUAGAUAGUAUUCAGAAGUUUCAUUAUUUGCGUGCAUCUCUGCAAGGUGAAGCUUCCGAUGUUAUUAAAUCGUUAGAAAUGUCAUCAAACAAUUACAGGGUAGCUUGGGAACUGAUCACAGAAAGAUAUAAUAACACACAUCAGCUGAUAUACAAUCAUCUUCACGCAUUAUUCAACAUUCAAAUCAUUGAAAAAGAAUCAGCAACAUCACUCAGACACUUACUAGAUACAGUAAAUAAAAAUCUCAGAGCUCUUAAUACACUAGGCGAACCCACAGUAGAUUCAAUGUUGAUUUAUCUUAUUACCUCCAAAUUAGAUAUCACAACACUCAGAUAUUGGAAAGAAUCAAUCAAUAACGACACAGUAGAAAAGCCCACACUUCAAAAUCUAAAGACAUAUCUCAGUAAUCGUUUCAUGCUUUUACAAAAUCUCGAAGACACAAAAACCACACAACAAACCGAUUCAAAAUCGCAUUCAUUAAAAUCAGAUGCUAAAGAUAAACAAUCUCGCAUUUCUUGUCCCCUAUGUAAAGGUCAUCAUUUUCUAUUCGGUUGUUCACAAUUCAAACAAAUGACCGUGGAAAAGAGAAUAGAGAAAGUUUCCAAGUUUUCCAACUUCUGUGCUAACUGUUUGCAUAACGGUCAUGAAACAAAGUCAUGCCGUGGAGGAGCAUGUAAAUAUUGUCAACAGAAACACAACACAAUGCUACACAUACAUAAGGGACCGACCAAAGACACUGUGCACACCACACUCGCUAGUAACAGUAGCUCACAAUCACAACACGCAUCAGUAUUACUUUCCACUGCCUUAGUGCAUGUCAUCGCUGGUGAUGGAACACCACACUUAGCCAGGGUUUUGCUGGACAGUGGAAGUACCUCCUGUUACAUUACAAACAGUCUGAGUAAAAAGCUUAAUCUUACAUUCGAACCCAUACACGGCACAGUUUCAGGCAUAAAUCAGCAGCAAACAAACAUUUUUUAUCGCACAAAAAUUCAGAUAAAAUCAUUACAUGGUUCAUUCACAACUAACUUAUCAUGUUUGGUACUUGAUACAAUAGCACAGUCAUUACCUUACAUGCGCAUCAAUACACAAGGUUUGAACAUACCUAAACAUUUAAAACUAGCCGACCCUCAGUUCUAUGAACCCGCAGCAGUUGACAUAUUGCUAGGUGCAGACAUAUUUUGGCAAAUAAUUAGCAGCGGUCACAUUCGAUUAGGCAAAAACCAGCCUACUUUACAAGAAACAGAAUUAGGCUGGCUAGUUUCAGGUUGCACAACAAACACCAACAAGCAAGCAAACAGUUGUUUUUUCAAUAACAACAACUCAGAUCAGUUAUCACGCUUCUGGGAGCUAGAUAGUUUAACUAAUACACAAGUAGACGAUCCUUCCGACUCAGAUGCAUGCGAGAUAAUUUUCACUCAAACAACUACAAGACAAAGUGAUGGUAGAUUCGUUGUCACUAUUCCAUUUAAAAAGUCACCUGAUUGUUUAGGUGACUCCUAUUUUCAAGCAAAAAGACGGUUUUAUUCCAUAGAAAACCGCAUGAAUUCAAAUCCCACAUACAAACAACAGUACUCAAACUUCAUAACAGAGUACAUACAGCUAGGUCACAUGUCUUUAAACAAACACUCACAUCAAAAUACAUACAUUAAAUCAGAACAUAAAACAUCAAACCUACAGUCAGGUACAAGCACGAACACAAACACACAGCACUCACCAGUAUACUACCUUCCACAUCACGGUAUUGUACGCGAGACCAGCACCACUACAAAAUUCAGAGUAGUAUUUGAUGGUUCCGCAAAGACAUCCUCAAAACUAUCACUCAACGACAUUCAGUUAGUAGGACCUGUCGUCCAAGACGAUCUUGUUUCUAUACUCAUACGAUUUCGACAACAUAAGUUUAUAAUAUCAUCAGAUAUUGAGAAAAUGUUUCGCCAGGUGAUGCUGAUGGAGCAUCAGCGCCCAACACAACAAAUCAUAUGGCGAUACAAUCCUACGGAACCUCUGCAAACAUAUACGCUCAACACUGUCACAUAUGGCACGGCAUCGGCGCCGUAUUUAGCAACACGCUGCAUAAAACAAAUAGGCUUAGAUUGUAAAAACACACAGAAUCAUUCAGACAGCUAUGAUCACAAAAUUGUCUCCGAGGUCAUCUUGCAUGAUUUUUAUUGUGAUGAUCUUUUGACAGGAACCGAUGAUGAGUCAUUACUCUUUGAAAUCGCCAAAGGUGUAUUUCUUGAAUUAAAAAAAUAUCAAUUUCCACUAAGAAAAUGGCAGUCUAAUUGUCAAACUGUUCUACAACAUCUGGGUUUCAAUGAUUCAAAAGACACAACAUUCAAUCUGAGCUCAAAUGAUCCAUCUAAAACACUAGGCAUUUAUUGGAACAUUAACAAAGACACAAUUUCAUACACAGUACAUUCAGAAUUUGUAUCACAAAAACAAAUCACAAAACGCACAAUCUUAUCCACCAUAGGUCAUAUUUUCGACCCACUGGGACUUAUUAGCCCUUGCAUACUCGAAGCUAAGCUAAUUAUGCAACAGAUGUGGACACACAACGUCAGCUGGGACGAUGAAAUACCGGUUUCAAUACAACAACAAUGGGCAAAGUUCGUAGAAUCGUUAUCUUUUAUAAAUCAUUUAUCUAUUCCUCGGCGAGCAUUUAAUGACUCAUCGCGCGAUUACAUUGAACUGCAUAUUUUUUGCGACGCCUCACAACAGGCAUACGGUGCAUGCGCAUAUAUACGUACUUAUACAUCAGAUGGCAGUAUCAGUGUUCAACUGUUAGUUGCCAAGGGACGGGUGGCUCCUUUAAAAGCACUUACCAUACCGCGACUUGAAUUAUGUGCCGCGUUUACCGGUGUUAAUUUAAGUAAUAAGAUAUUGAACUCCGUUCGCAACAAAAAUUAUCUAACGACAGAGUCUUACAUAGCGGCAAUUAACAGGUUUAUUUCUCGCAGAGGUAAACCAAAUAAUAUUUAUUCAGACAAUGGAAAAAAUCUGGUAGGUGCCGCUCGUAUGGUGACCAACUUUCUUAGAAAUCACGGUGAGUCAAUUUACAGUUGCGCUGCAGAACAAGGUGUAAACUUUCAUUUCAUUCCUCCAUAUUCACCCCACUUCGGGGGCCUAUGGGAAAGCACCGUUAAAUCAGUAAAACAUCAUCUCAAAAGAGUACUAGGGAUGGCACACCUCACAUAUGAAGAAAUGUACACGUUGCUAGUUCAAAUAGAAGGCAUCCUCAACUCAAGGCCUCUCACACCUCUUUCAUCCGAUCCAAAUGAUCUCUCCGCUCUCACUCCCUUUCAUUUUCUAAUUGGUCGUACUCUAACUGUUCUACCUCAUCCACAGAUGUCCGACUGCGACACGGCACGGCUGCCGCGUCAUCACCGAAUCGAACUUCUACGCCAACAUUUUUGGAGACGCUUUAAUAAGGAAUACAUUUCUCAGUUGCAUCAACGAACGCGCUGGCAACGCUCACGCGGCGCGCUCACAGAGGGCUCAUUGGUCAUCGUGAAAGAUGAGGCGCUACCGGUGGCUCAGUGGCCAUUGGGACGUAUCGUGAAGCUGUAUCCGGGACAUGACGGAGAAGCUCGAGUGGCGGACAUCAGAGUAAAGACCGGGACAAUCAGACGUGCCUUUCAUAAAAUAUGCCCAUUACUGGAUGUACCAUCGGACUGAUAAUGAAAUAUCAUACAUCAUCAUCACCUGGGCUGGCCUUUCCUUGGUCGCCCGGGAAUAUGUUAACGCACACGUUAACACGCACGCACAUGCAGACACACAUGCAUGCAUCUCAAGCAGAGGGGAGCGGGCGGCGUGGCGGGGCAGCGACGGCUCGCGCGCCCUCCAUACACACCUGACGACAACGCGAGCAAGAACGGACGGGAUUGCGAAUUUAACUUGUACUAAUAGCCUACUCAAGAAAACCUAUUAAACCAAGAAAUACAG